AUGCUUCAAGAAAUCGUCAGUCCCUUUGAGACCCAUCAACGCGAUGCUUUGAGAUCCAUUUGGGAACAUCUUCUUGGAGAUGACUUCGAUGAUGGAAUCAAUGCAACAUUCUAUGCACCGACUCCUGCGCACAUGUACUCGAGGAGUUCGAGCUUCAGCGAUCUUUUACUGGCACAGAGUUGGACCCAACCGCCCCUCGAAGUCGACUGCUCUGAGGACAUGUUGGAGUAUGGCGCUUUGCGCGACGCGCUCCAUUCCGGGUGGACGAUCAUUGGUCUGGCUUCAAAUCAAGAACUUGAUUUCGAAGCAACGACCAUCGAUUAUAACAGCAUUGGUGUGACGAUGGAGGAGAAACCGGAGGUGGUGGAGCAUGAGGUACAAGCACCGGUCGAGAAGACAAGUUACAGAGGAGUGAGGAGGCGGCCGUGGGGAAAAUACGCAGCUGAGAUGAGGGACCCCAAGAAGAAAGGGGCAAGAAUUUGGCUCGGUACUUAUGAGACACCUCAGGACGCGGCACUCGCCUAUGACCGCGCAGCUUUUAAGAUGAGGGGGUCCAAGGCCAAGCUCAACUUCCCUCACCUCAUCGGCUCCUCCGACUACGAGCCCAUCAGGGUCAGCACCAAGCGUCGGUCCGCUGAGCCUAGCUCGCCAUCCAGUGAUGACGGGUCGACCAGGACGAAGAGGAGAAAGAGGGAGGUCGAUUCAGAUGCUGAGGCAGAGUUCGGAACUUCAAUCCUUUCCCAUUUUGGAUACGGGGUUGUUAGGUGUGUGACGAACAAUUUUUAA